CACAGACAGCAUGAGCAGAACUUGGUGUUACGAUCAAAAUAUCAAUUAAUAUGAUAGUAUCGGCUGGUAAGUACUGGACGGGGUAUCUUCUCCGGUAUGGAUCUCUAAACUUCCAGUCCAUUCCGCUCUCCCAUGAACCGAUUAUUCCAAAUCCCAAAUUCUCGGCAUCGCCUCCAUCCGGGAACCCUUUAUCCAUGCCGUCCUUACGACGCCCAUCGCAAGUUCUCUUCGUGGCAUCGAAUAAAACACAUGAUUCUCUUACGCCAUCUUUGUCAAAACUCCGUCCAGAACGUGAACCGCUUGAAAGUCCCUAUUAUCCAUAAUCUUAUAAUCUCCCGCGCCCCCCAUCGAUCGAUUUCCUGGUCAUCAACCUCCAUUCAACACCGCACCGUAUUCAACCCGCCCUCUAAGCUCCAGCUCCCCCGCCACCGAACAAUGGCGUCAGCUACGAAGUUCUACGAUUUCACUCCUUUGGACAACAAAGGCAAGCCCUUCGACUUCUCUCAGCUCCAGGGCAAAGUCGUCCUCGUCGUUAACACCGCGAGCAAAUGUGGCUUCACCCCCCAAUUCGAAGGCCUGGAGAAGCUCUAUAAAGAAGUCGCCCAACCCAACGACUUCACCAUCCUCGGCUUCCCCUGCAACCAGUUCGGCGGCCAAGACCCGGGCUCCAACGAUGAGAUCCAGGAUUUCUGCCGCGUGAACUACGGCGUCACCUUCCCCGUCCUCGGCAAGGUCGAUGUGAACGGCGACGCCGCCGCCCCGCUGUAUCAGUGGCUCAAGGCGGAGAAGCCGGGCUUGAUGGGGAUGAAGCGCAUCAAGUGGAACUUUGAGAAGUUUUUGGUCGGCCGCGAUGGGCAGGUUAAGCAGCGGUGGGCGAGCACGACCGGGCCGCCCGCGUUGAAGGCGGCGAUCGAGGAGGAGUUGAAGAAGCCGGCGCCGGUGCACAAUUCGUAGGAGUCCAAUGCGAUGGAAUGCGGUGUCAAUGGACGGCGAACGACGUUUGAUGAGGGAAAUUGGACUACCGACUGCGUCGUUCAUAUCUCCUUACUUCUAUCAAUAUCCCUCCCCGCUUAGAAUGAAUGAACGAUGAUGGUUGAUUGAUGUAUUUCAGUGAGCAAUCACUACUGUUGUGGAUAUAUUGCCAUCUCAUCGAAGCUCUCCUCCGGUUCAGCCUGCAUAAAUAUAACCCGAUCUUGUCGGUCUCUAGAAUGCAGGUAGUUUAAUAGACGUAUUUCUUAAACUGAUGGGAUGAUUGGACUGUCCAAACUCCAAAAGGUGCG